UCUGGAAGGCUGGGAUGAGGGGCCAACUUUGGAUGCAAUUUCAUGGCCCUGUUAGUGUCCUACACUUGGAAACAAAGUGUCACAGGGGCUGAAACCAUUUCCCCAGUCCGGUGGGAUCUUCUCCCCCAGCCUUGGAGGGCAGAAGGCUGAGACCAGGGGUCACAGGGCUUAGCUCCCUCCCCAGGCUCCAGGCAUGACUUGUCCAGCUACAGAGGGGACUUUACAGAUGGCGGGAGUGCCAAGGUGGCCCUUCAGCACUUGGCCAGUGCAGGGGAACCCUGGGGCUGAUGUAGGAAAUGACCACAAACCAGCAGUUGAAAACCACAGGAACCUGUCCUCUGCCAGCCCUGGAGGGCAGAGGCCAAGACCAGGGGCCCCAGGCUGAGAUCCCUGCACAGGCUCCAGGUGGCCCUGGGCUGGUGGCCCCUCAAUGCAGUCUCUGCCUCCGUCUCCACGUGGCUACUCCUCUGUGCCUGUGUCCCCUCCUCUGUCUCUAGUGAGGACACUGCCAUUGCAUGAGGGCCACCUGACCCAUGAUGGUGUCAUCUUGAGAUCAUUACCUAAUUACAUCUGCAGAGACCCUAUGUGCAAAAGAAGCCCUAUCCCGAGGUCCCAGGUGCACUUGGGGUGCUAUUGAGCCCACUGGGGUAGGACAUGGGGAGCCAUCCCAGGUGGGGAGGAGGAAGGCAGGUGAUUGUCAGGAGGAGGAAGGCAGGGGAGCAGGGGCAUGUGGGCCAGUCCAUGUGGGAUGCCUGAUAGACUUCCAAGCAGAGUGCUGGGCAUGGAGUCCCAUCUGGGAGCCCGUGUGUGCUCAUCUACAAACGGGGGAGUCAUGGGCAGGUCGGAGGGUGUAAGUCAUGAGACAGAUGAGAUCAUCUGCCCCAGGUGCAGAAGGAAGCUGCCCCGGGACUCCAGGCAGGGCCUGGGAACGGGCCAGCGUUUGUCAGGUGGAGGAUGAGCACUCUGGAGGUAGGACAGCCGGACCACCAGGGAGUGGAGAAGGGUGGGUUCCUGGCAUCCUGUUGUGGGGUCACAGGGGCAUGACAACUGGUUUGGUGCCAGGGCCCCUGGAAUGUGGGAGCAAAGGGCGUCUGGGGUCUGUGCCCUCACAGUGUGUCUCAGGGAGAGCUAGGUGCUGUUGCAUAGAGGCCACCACCCUGCCUGCCCAGCCAAGGGACUGCCUGCCACCUUUGGUUUCUGUCUCCAGCCCACUGUGCCUUCCCACCAAGCCAAGGCAGCAUUGUAUCCUGAUGCCCAAGAUGUCCUGAGGUCUGACGCUGUCCGGCCGCUGCCUGUCCUUGGCUUGAGCUUAGAGAGGAGAGCCAUCAGGAUGGAUCAGGGGCCACCUCAGCCAUCUUGACCUCAGGGUCCCACAUGGCUCCCUAAAUAUGUCCCCUUAGCUUUGAAGAGUUGCAUGUCACUGGUGGUCCUGGGAGGUGUCUGCUCCUACAAGAGCCCCACAGAGUAGGUGUGCGUCCUGCCCACUGUGGCCAGAGAGUGAGUGGUCACACCCAUGCUGGGGUCGGCUCCAGCGGUAACUGCAGGCUGCCCAGCAGGGGGGCCUGACAUGUCUUCAAACCCUGAGGGCCAAUCAGAAGGACCAGAGGGCCCCUACCAACCUGGGUGAGAGCCAGGGCUACACACUGACCUCACCUUGAGCAGGAGCCUUUGGGGUGAGGGGGCGCCCCCUGGCUGCAGCCAGUGCUCCCAAGAGCCCCAGCACCUUUCAUGGAGUGGACAAGCUCCAGGUCCAGCUCUCCAUCCAUUUUCCUUUAGACCCCCUCCACCCAGGCGGUGGCCUCUCCUGGGCUGUGGGAGCAGGAACCAGCCCCCAGCACCCACCUUGGUGGUCUCCCAGACAGGCGCCUGCAGUCCAGGGCCCUAAGGAGCUCUGGGACCAGGGUUGGGGUGAGGACGCUGCCGAGCGCUGGCUGGAACCCAGGCGGAGGAGGUUCCCAAGGGAGUCCUUCACCCACAAGGCCGGUUCUAGCCCAUGGGGAGGGGACCGUGGAGCCUGGUGUCCUCGGGUUCCGGGGCUGCAGCCUGGGGUGUGGAGGAGCUGGGCUCACUUAGCGGCAUGGAGACGUGGGUGCGGGGACUCCACCUCCACCAAGCCAGCACCUCUCCUUUCGGGGACGUGGGACGACAUUCCUGUGCCAAGCCCUGCUCCACAGCGGGAGGAACCCUUGGCGUGGGCCUGCAAGAGAGCAGCACCUCCCGCGAAAAUCCUCUCCUUGCGGAGUGCCCCGGCAAUCCUGCUGGCAGAAAGUGGUGGUGACUGGAGAGACGCAGGGUCCUUGGCCCCACUGCAGUCGUUGGAGUGGCACGUGGGCAGAGGCCGCUGGAGGAGCCUAGGGGAGGCUGGGGGAGUGGCGCCCAGACCAUCCCAGAGGGCGGAGGAAGACGCGGGGAGGGGGCGCUGGUGCCUGUGAACGUUCGGGUGCCACGGCCAGCUGGGGUCAGCAGGUGAAGCUCGGGGGUCAGCAGUCGGUUCUUUACAAGAUGCCUGUGAGUAGAGCCCUGCCCAGCGUCCUGUGUGCGUGUCCAGGGCUCCCGGUGCAUCCCCUGCGUCCCUCUGCGCCUGCCCAGCGCCCCGUGUCCCUGCUCAGGACUCCCCGUGCCUCCCCUGUGCCUGCCCAGGGCACCUGGUGCCUCCCCUGCAUUCCUCUGUGCCUGCCCAGCGCCCCAUGUGCUUGUCCAGGGCUCCCCGUGCCUCCCCUGCGCCCUCUCUGCGCCUGCCCGGCCAAGCCUGUGCUCCCUGUGAGCCUGCCGGGGUGAGCCCCAUGGACCCCCAGUUGCAAGCGGGCGCUCUUCUGCAGUAGGAGAGGAGCAGAGUGUCCCGCUGCCCAGGGCAGCCCUGUGCGAGGGGAGAACCCAGGAGGGCUGAGGAGCCGCACGGUCGGCCCUAAGGGGAAGUCUCACGGAUGCCUGGCAGGGCGUUAGCCGCGACCUCGGGGGUCUCUAUGGAAGCCUCGGGCUCUGUUGAUUUGGCGAUGCACAGAGGGAGGGACCGGGGAGGGGAGGGCGGAAGGGACUUUCCGCCCCCACUCAGUGGAGCCUUCAACUGGCUGAGGCCAGAGUGCGGUGGAGUCCCAAGAGCUGAGCGAGCAGGACAGGACCAAGGCUGAGGAGCACGUGAGCCGCCCCAGUAUGGGAGCCCUGGGCUGCUGGGCCUCCUGGUGCCGUCCAGGAAGGGCCCUGUGAACUGAAUCCCACGGAGCGCAGGGGUCUCACAGCAGCCCAAUUAACAGGACCAUUGAGAAGUGAGCCCUUCUGGGGGAGAGCUCUCCUGGGCGGAGAGGGCAGGGUGUGUGCUCCGGAGCCAGCCACCUGCAGAUGGCACCCCACCCCAGCCUCUGAGCCGGGCCCACCUGGACAGCAGCUCAGCUUAGCAGCCCCUGCUUCCCAGGCUGUAGCUGCAGGGCCUGGAAGGUGGGGGAGGUGGGCACACUGUGCCACCAGAGGGAAAAGGCACAGGGACUCCUGGAACCUUGCCAGGGGGUGACUCUUCAAGUGACAGGGCACCUGCACGUUCUGUUGACCUCUCGGGUCAUGCAGAGUGCCAGGUGGCACAGAGGAGCCAGGAGGGGCGUGAGUUCUGCUGGGUCCCUCUCUGCAUCCCCAUGCCUGCCUGGGUGAGGCUUCGUGAGCACAAGAGGGCUGUCCUUGAGACCACAGGAUGUGUCACACACCCAGAAGCGCCCAGCCUGCAGGGUCCAGCAGGCCUCACCCGAUGGCCUGGAGAAUGGGACAGGGAACAGGGCACUCACAGCCCUGUCCUCCUCCCAGGCCAUGGCGUCCCCCCAGGAUCGAGGCUGUCAUCAGGGAGAGGCACAGGAUGGGGGAGUGUCCCGUGUGGGAAGAGGAGACCGGGCAGGUGGUGUUUGUGGACAUCAACGCCAGGACUGUGUGUCAGUGGAACCCUCUGUCUGGGGAGGUGCAGACCAAUGGCCUGAGAGACCCUGUUGGCUGUGUGGCUCUGCGCAGAGAGGGCAGCUACGUGGUGGCCUCUGGCACCUGCCUUGGCCUCCUGGACUGGGCGACGGGGCAGGUGGAGUGGGCGGCCUGGCUGGACAGGGACAAGCCCCACAACAGGUUCAACGACGGGAAGGUGGACCCCGCCGGGAGGUUUGUGGCAGGUGAGCUGCUGAAAGGACUGGCCCAGGCCACCUGGAGAGCCUCCCAUCAUGGCGGGUGCCGGCUGGGUGGGGACCUCAGGAGCCCUCCCCAGGCUGCGGGCAAGCGGCCCCCCGAGGCCAUGCAGGUGCUGGGCAGCCCACAGGUUCCCUCCCACUCCAAAGCCCAUGGCUUCCAGGUCAUUCUUCCUGGGUCCCUGCCCAGAGAGGACCCUGGGAGGGUCGAAGCCGCCAGGGUGGGGCAGCGGCCAGGGCCGGUGGCCAGAGGCCAUUCACGUGCGGCUGAGGGCCCUGCACCUCUGCCUGAGCAGGCCUCUUCCCAGUGGGACAUCUCUGGGGUCCCCCCCUUCGUCCAGCACAGAGGCUCACUCACAGAUGCCGCCUGAGGGCCAUCCUGCCUGCUGCCCGCCGACUGAGGGUGACCACAGCUCUCUGCACAGCGGGUCUGUGUGGG